AUAGUGAGCUGUUCAGAAGCAGAGGAAACAGGUGCACUGCAGUGGACAGGACUACUGCAGGAUCAGAGCUGGGAAACGGGUGAAGUCGACACCUAAACAUGAAGAAUGGACUGUUUUUCAACAAAGGAUCGUCUGAAGUGAUGUUAGUGGACUAAGUGAUAAAGCUGAUGAUUGGAGUGGCUGUGACUGUCUGUGUUUUGCUGUGUGGAGUAUCUGUUUGUGCUCUCGGAGAUACACACUCUUUGUUCUACCUCUGCACUGUCCAGUCCAAGCGGUCAGUGAAUAACAUGUAUGAGUUCACUGCAUUGACUCUGCUGAAUGACAGACAGAUUGACUCCUACAGCAGUACAGACGGGGUCAGGACUCCUAAACAGGCCUGGAUGAAGGAGAUGAAGGAGAUGCAGGGCAGUGAAUGGGAAAGAGGCACCACUGAGCUGAGUAACGAUGGGCUGUGGUUAAACACCUUUCUCAGCAAAGUGAUGGAGGCAUUUGGACACAGUGAGUCAGGUGGUCAUACUCUUCAGUGGAGACAUGGCUGUGAGGGUGUAAAGCGGUUUGAUGACUCAGUGAUGGGUGUAAAUUACACUGAUGAAUAUGCCUAUGAUGGACAAGACUUCAUCCAUUUUAACUGGACCUUGAAGAAAUGGCUGGCUUCAGCUGAAGAGGGCAGAGUGAUGGAGGGGAGGUGGAACUCUGGACACAGUCACAUCACUGCUCCUCAGAAGUGUGAGGAGUGGUUGAAGAUUUAUCUCCACUACAAAAAUAAUACUCAGACCAAACCAGCUGACCCUGACCUGCCUGGCUACGGGCUUCUACCCCAAAGACAUGAAGAUUGA